AUGAGUAUACAACGUCUCAGGAACGUCUUGGCGUUGAGGACAAAAAACUGGUCUAGGAAGAUCCAACGAGCUCUUGAAGAGUUGGCAGAAGCUUUGGCUAAUGAAUCUCAACCUCAACCUCAACCCAUUGCUAUCCCAGUUAGAGGGAAUUCUGGUAAUAGAAGAUUACCAUCUUCAACUACCAGAAACUUUCAAAGAUGUUUUGGAUCAUUCACUGGGUUCAAUCCAUCUUCAAGUUCAACUCGAAUUGGAAUCAGAGCUUAUAUGUUUAAGAAUUCAAUCCCCAAUCCAAAUGCUAAUCCAACAAGUUGGAAAUUUUUUAAAUUUAAAAAUUCAUUUUUAAAAUCAAGAUUAUUUAAAUUUUAUAAUUUCAAUAUCUUUAAUAAUAGUGCCAAUGUGAAUUCUAAAAUUAUCAAUAAUUUAAAUCGACAAUCAUCAGGUUUAUUUCAUAAUUUUAGUCAGACUUAUCAAUCAGGAUAUAGAUUAAAAUGGUAUAAUGCUAAUGUUAAAAUAACUUAUCGAACUUUAUUUUAUAAUUUAAGAGAAAAAUUUCAAGUUUAUCAAGAAAAUGAAAAAUCAAAUUUAUCAAGAUCAAAAUAUAAUGCUAUAAAUUUAAAACCUUCAAUUUCAUUAAAUUUAUCAUUAAAUGCUGAUCAUCAUCAAUUAACUUUAAAAUUAGCUAAGACUGAUUCAUCAGCAACAUUUCAAGAAAAAUUUGAAUCAAAUCAAGUUAAUAAUGGUUGUUAUAUUGAUUUCCCCAUUAAUUUUAAUUUAAAUAUUCCAAAUGAAACUAUAUUAUCACAAGAAAUUUUAGAAGAAAUGAUCUUUAAUAUUAAAAUGUUUGAAAGAAAAUUAACUGAUUUAAAACAAGAUUUAAAUAAUUUAUUUGAUUUAGGUGAAUUACCUAUAAAAUAUAUUAAUACUAAAAAUGUAUUAAGAAUUUAUUUCCCAAAUUGUGAUAAAUUAAAAUUAGAAAGUUUAUGUAAAGAGAAAAAUAUUAUUGGUGGUUUAAUCUUUGAAGAUUUAGAUCAAGAUGAAUCAGGAGUUUAUAAUCAAUUCAAUCAAACUAAUGAAGCAGCCGAAGAAGUUGAAUCAGUAACUCCAACUGAUAUUCUUAGUUCAUUAUAUGGUACUAAUUCAUCAGUUACAUCAAUGACAGAAUCAAAUUAUGAUGAAGUAUUAUCAAGUUCAACUCAAUAUCAACCCCUUUCAAAUGAUGAAAUUGUAAGACUUGAAGGUGAAGCUCCAUUAAUUGAUCAAUUGGAACAAGUUCAAUUACAACAACAAUUCCAAUUCCUGCAACCACAAACACCAUUACAGCAACAACGACAAGACAUAAAUAUUAAUGAUUAUGAUGAUUUUUACUGGGUUUCUCCAGCAUAA